AUGUAUAAAGGACAUUUAGGCACUUCACUUGGGAUUCACGGGAAUUUCACCAUGUUAGUCGAAUCAGUGGGGUGUUUGUCUAUACAGAGGGUCCUCGGGGCUCUCCUAGGGCUACUGGCAGUCGGGACCGUUGCCUUUGCAUUCUAUAACCGAUUCAUCCAUCCUCUACGCCGUAUAAACGGUCCUUUCCUCGCCUCCAUCACACCCUGGGUACAGCUAUACCACGGCCUCAAAGGCGACCGCCAUCUAUGGCUGCACGAGCUGCACCACAAGUAUGGAACCCACGUUCGGGUCGCACCGAACUUUGUCUCUGUCAACUCUGAUCGUGGACUUCACGACAUAUAUGGCCACGGCAAGCGUCUGCAAAAGGCCACGUUCUAUAAUGCGUUUCCGGCCAUCAAGGGCGUGUACAACACCCACAACGCCAUCGAUAAGACUAUGCACGGGCGCAAGCGGCGAGUCCUCAGCCAGGCAUUCUCGGAGAAUGCUCUCAAGGGAAUGGAAGACGUGAUGCUCCUCCAUGUGCGUCAGCUGUGCGCUGUCUUGGCUGGCUAUGAUGGCAACUUUGAAUCCCACGACCAAAAGGGAAAUGUGAAGAACAUGGGCGAUUGGUUCAGUUACCUUUCGUACGAUGUGAUGGGCGAGCUCUGCUUCGGAAAGAGUUUCGACAUGCUCAUCUCCGAUAAACUGCGGUACAAGGUCGGCUUGGUUGAUCGCGCCGCCAACCGACACUAUGUGUGCGGACUAUGGAUGCCCUUGGACACCUGGGGUCUGGAUCAGGUCUUCAUUCGCAAAUUGACCCGCGACCGAUGGAACUUCAUCAUGAACUCACGGGUGGAAGCCAACGAGCGCGCCAAAGAACGAACCCAGAUUGGCCACGAUGCCAAAAAGGACUUCUUCUACUACCUGCUUAACGCCAAGGAUCCAGAAACCGGCAAUGGCCUCAGCACCCCCGAGCUAUGGGGCGAGUCGAACGUUCUCAUGAUCGCAGGAAGUGACACCACCUCCACCACGCUGGCCGCAACACUCUUCUACCUGGUCCGCCGCCCCGAGGCGCUGGCCACGCUGACCGCCGAGAUCCGCGGCGCCUUCAACGAAGUCGAAGAGAUCGUUACGAGCAGUUCACUCGGUGAGCUCGUGUAUCUGAAAGCAUGCAUUGACGAGGCUCUUCGUCUGGCGCCUGCGGUCCCCGGUGCGAUUCCUCGCGAAGUCAUGGACGGCGGUGCGGUUGUCGAUGGCGUCUUCCUGCCCGCCGGCACAGACUGCGGUACCCCAACUUACUCCAUUCAUCGCCAGGAGCGCUACUACCGGGAAGCGGGGACAUAUAUGCCGGAGCGUUGGAUUGAAAAUGCCACCUGCACGGCUGGCGGGUCGUCCUGGCAAACAACGAAAGAAAGCAUUGAGACGGCGCGACACGCGUUCUGUCCGUUUAGUAUCGGACCUCGAGGGUGUAUUGGCAAGAGUAUGGCGUUUAUGGAGAUGCGGUUAACCCUGGCGCGAUUGGUGUUCCUAUUCGACAUGUCGUUGGCGGAUCGCCAGGGUGAGGAUGCGGGCGGGCAUCUGGCGCUGACGGAUCACUUCACCAGCGCGAAGAACGGGCCCAAUGUUGUAUUCCGACGAAAGUAG